UAUUGGGUGCACACGCGGAAGUGAGAGGAACACUUGCUAACAACAACACUGACUUACACUGGUGUACUUUUGCCUCUCGGAGAGGUUUUAAGUCACUCAUGGCUUUACCACCUCAGCUCAGAUCCAUCCAGCACCACCUGCGGACCGCACAGGAGCAUGAGAAACGGGACCCGGUCGUCGCUUACUACUGUCGGCUCUACUCUAUGCAGACGGGCAUGAAGCUGGACAGUAAAACACCAGAGUGCCGAAAGUUCCUCAUCAAACUCAUGGACCAGCUGGAGUCGAUGAAGAAGGAGCUGAGUGACAAUGACUCCAUCAGCCAGGAGGUGGUUGGUAACGCCCACAUUGAAAAUUACGCCUUAAAAAUGUUUCUGUACGCCGACAAUGAAGACAGAGCCGGUCGAUUCCACAAGAACAUGAUCAAGUCCUUUUACACGUCCAGCCUGCUGCUGGAUGUCUUGUCCGUGUUUGGGGAGUUGUCAGAGGAGAACAUCCAGCAUCGGAAGUAUGCCCGCUGGAAGGCCACCUACAUCCACAACUGUCUGAAGAGCGGAGAGACUCCUCAGGCCGGGCCCAUCGCUAUGGGCGAGGACGAGGAAGCAGAUGAGUUUGGAGCCGAAGGUUUCUCAGGCGCUGGCACCUCCCACGGCGCUUCCUUCAGGGGAGAUCCUCCCUCACAGUCUUUUCAGGGCCAGGACGAGGGUUUGGGUCCAGGUCCUGCCCCGGGGAUCGGCUUUACUCCCAGUCCGGGACCAGGCCCAUCAGGUCCCCCAGCCACAAACUACAACAACAUCCACAUCCCACCAGGGGCCCACGCACCGGCCAACACUCCAGCUGAGCUGCCACCACCUACAGCAGAAGCUGCUAAACCAGUGCCUAUGCCCCGAUCAGUGCCCACUGUUGACCCCACACUGCUCAACGCCCAGCAGCAGGGCGGCGUCCAUCUCUCUCCAGAAGACUUCACCAAGGCCCAGAAGUACUGCAAGUACGCCGGCAGCGCCCUGCAGUACGAAGACGUCGGCACGGCCAUCCAGAACCUCCAGAAAGCCCUGAAACUCCUCACCACCGGCAAAGAAUGAGGCCUUUGUCCUCCUCCCAUCUGAUCCCUCCAUCCCUCCUUUUCUUCCCCCUCUCUUUUCUCUCCGGCAGCGCCGCUCUAUCUGUCACUGAUCUGGUACACAGCGGGCUGAGGACGCGACACACACUCACACACACUCGCACACACUCGCACACACACAUUGAGGCCGUCCUGUGAAGAGGGCCGUUCAGCCCACCGUCAGACGAGGACAUGAUGGAAAUCAGUGCGCAACAAUGGCCGCCUGUGUCCGACACUGUCGCACUGAUUGAGGGGAUAACUGACCAACUGACUGCAGAACAUGUCGACGCUGACGGAUUUUAAUUACCGCAGAUCAAAGCUUCAUCGUUGACCACAAUUGGCUCAUUACAAGUUCACCAGUCUCUUGCACGGCAGACAGAAAGUUAACUUAAGAUCCACUUCCUGGGUUUUUACUGAGCUGCUAUGAUCAGCACUUCCUGAUGUUUACAGGUUCUUCAUGUGUCACAUUGUUCAAUUCAAGGAGCUUUACACUCUUAAUACAAGAAGUUAAACGAGAGAGAUCAGGAAAGAGGAAGUGGUGAGAUCAAAGCACUGAAGACAUGAGUGAGUGGAGAUUUAGUCGGAGUUUUCCCAAGCGAGAUUGAAAAACUGAUUUUCAGCCUCUUCUGUUAACGUUGAUUUGUUAAGUGAUUAGUAUCAGUUUAGGGAAUUAGGAGAAAUCAAUAGGAGCUAAUGAUUUUCAUUAACUGAAAAGUAACCACCUGCUACUUUAACAAAAAAUCCCAACCUUGUAGUUUGCUUUGUAUUUAGAUUGAAAGAUUAUCUGUCUGGGUGAUGAUUGGAUCCAGUAUUCCGUUUGUCGGUUUUAUGUUUUUAACUGAUUCCUGAUGAGAAUUAAUACAUUUAGAAAUGCGAUCUUUGGCUGUCAUUCAGACUCCUCUUUCUGUCUGUAGAGACUCCGUGGUCUCGAUCAGCCGCAUUCUUAUCUGAUUAUCUACAUGUCACAAGUAAUAGUCUACCCACACUAAAGGAUAAAAGUUGAGAAGUUCUCUUUUGAUGAAGUGUAAGUUUAAAGAAAAAAAGUUGGAAAGAAAAAUGUGUCGUCAAAGUUUUCAUUUGGAAUUUUUUAAAAAUAUGACACCAAGAUUUUCAUUUUUGCUGCAAAUUUAUAUCAGUUAUCUGUAUCAACCCCCCAAAAAACAUUGAUUGACUGCUAGUUUGUUUCUUUGUGUACAGACUAAAUAUGCAAAUAGUUGAGUUUUUGAGGUUUUGGAUGCUGCAGUCUUUAUGCUGAUUUUAGCAAAUCAUCUCCUGACUGUAGAUUUGGACAACUAUUGAUUUCUAAUCCAACUACAAGAGAAGUAUUUGCCAAAAUAUUGACAACCUUACAUGAUACGUGUUAAAGACACUAAGGAGAGGGAUGACGGAUUCACUGAGAGGACUGGCUUGUUUACAGCACUGAAUAUCAUGACUCUGACUUGUAGAUCCAUGAAGUAACUUUCCAAAACGAUUUUCAAAUGGUUCCUUCAGGUGUUCUUCAUCUUCGUAAUCGUAGGAAAAACGUACCCUGGAAACCCUGUUUUCUGUCUCUUCUAACAUGUAUCUGUACAAUUCAGAAUGUACUCGACCAUCGGAAAUUUUGUCUUGUAUGGUUGGUAGUUUUUGUCACCGCUCGUCUCGAUUUUAACCGCCUGGAAACACUUCAUACAAGAUAAAACUGUGUCUCUUUGGUGUCACAUCCAUUCAGUCCUAACACUCAGACAAUAGAGAACAAAGUAGGAAGGAGAAACGUCUUCAAUCCAUAAGAUCAAUAAUCAGCAGGUUGGAGCGUCACAUAGUUCUUCGAAUUUUUGUCUCUUGGGGAAGUGGAGAUUUUUGUCUUUUUUUUUUCUCUUUUAUUUUUCUUUGAAUGUAGACACAUCACUGUCUCUGUAAUGUUGGUGGGGAGGAGGAUGGUGGCCGUAGUUUCAGCUUUAGUUAUCUUCUGGUUAUUUAAUCAUUCUCAAAACUUGUGUAAGUGAGACUUUAAAGGUUUUCACGAAGUUGCACGAAGCUUCAGAAUCGGAGCGAUUCCAGGCAGUUUGAAUAAAAGGUUUGAAAUGA